ACAGUGGGCUCUGUGCUGUGUCCUGCUGCAGCAGCUCCAGGCUGCCUUGUCCCAGUGAGAACCAAGAAGCGAUAUUCUCUCCCCAACUGGAGCAGAGAACUGACCCCUGAAGAGAAGGAGAGAAGACUCAAAUCUUUGGGGCCAAUAUAUCCUGAGGAAAAUAUAGAAAGGACCUUCUACUUGGCCUGCACAGGUGACAUUAUAGACCCUUAUGUCCCUCCUGAGGGUGAUGCCCGCCUGACUUCCCUCUCCAAAGAUGGGCUGAAGCAGAAGAUGGACAAGGUGAAGCAGAAGGCUGUCUCCCAGCUGGCUCUGCGGAAGAUCAAAGAUCACGAUCCGAAUUUCAGCACAAAAACCUUCCCAGAGAAGGCACAGGAGAUAUUCAUUGAAGCUCACAACUGUCUGACAAAUUUCAACAAGCAGAAGCUUCACUCCCUGGUGACGGAGCGCUGCUACCCGGAGAUGGUCCGUGGGAACAGGUACAAGACCAUCCGAUGGAGCUUCGUGGAGUCCCUGGAGCCUCCCAGGGUGGUUCAUGUGAGGUGUGACAGCCUGGUGAACAGGGGCAACCUGUAUGGCCAGGUCACCGUGCGCAUGCACUCGCGGCAGAUUCUGGCCAUCUACGACCGCUUUGGGAGGCUGAUGUAUGGUGGGGAGCAGGUGCCUAAGGAUGUUCUGGAGUAUGUGGUGUUUGAGAGGUACUUGGCCAACCCCUACGGCACCUGGAGGAUGCAUGGGAAGAUUGUGCCAGAGUGGGCUCCACCCAAGGAUCCCAUCAUUAAGACGGUGAUGAUUCCUGGCCCAACCUUGGAUCCUUCAAAAGAGUAUGAAGAAAUGAAGUAGGAAGUUGCAGAG